CCAAACAGCCAAUGAAUUCACAGAAAAUCUAGUCGUUCGUAACUCGAGUAGAGUCGAUCGAAUUUAUUUUGGUACUUGUGUACUAGUGUGUAUCACAAGAUCAGGAAAUGUGAAAGCUGUAAAAACUCCAAAUUCCACACCUUAUUUUCUGGUAAUAACAGAUUUCUGUUUUAUAGACCACAAUAUGCAUCAGCAAAGUUCACCCUAUCCACAUCAGCAGUGGGUAGCUCAACCCCAGCCUGGCUACCAACAGACACAGCAGCCUUAUGGGUACCCACAGGUACCAGUCCAGCAGCAACCAGCCCCAGUAGCACAACCACCUCAAGGUCAAGUUGUUGGAGCCAAUAGGCCUGGGUUUGAUCAUGACUCGCAACGACGUUGUGGUAUCCUGCAGAUUCUCAUUGGAUGCAUCUUAGUAGUUGUUGCAAUAGUCAUGAUAUUGAUUCGUGCUGCCCCAUAUAAGCUGGGUUUUGGACUGUGGACUGCUCCAUUUUUCCUGAUUGCCGGAGGUUUGGGAGUUCAUUCUGCUAAGACGAAGAACACGUGCCCAAUCGUUGGGUGCAUGGUUAUGUCAAUCUUUGCUAUCAUUGCUUCAAUAGUUGUGUUCUCUUGUGGAGCUGGUGGCCUGGGCCAGGACAAUAUGUUCAACGACGAAUGCCACAAGGACCCCUCAGAUUGGAGGUAUGAUCCAUGGUCAAUGUGUCUUUACUUUGAUCGCCCAGAUAGUCAGGCACAGUUGAAUGCAAGAAUCGCCAUGAAUGCGAUUAACAUCUUUGUCGGAGUCGCUGGGUUCUUUGUGGCACUUAUACAAAGUGUAUUUUGCUGCAAGGGAACUUGUUGUGGUGGAAGAAAACAGCAGCAGCAGGUUGUUGUCUAUCAGCAAACACCGCAAGUGGUUGUUCCCCAUGGCCAGGUACCCUAUCUUCCACAGCAGCCUAUAGCGUACCCUCCGCAACAGCAACCGUAUGGUGUAGGUCCACAGGGCCAACAGCAACCAUAUGGUCAAGGUAUGCAGGGGCAGCAGUAUGGCAUGCAACCUGCCCCUCCCGCUGUAAACCCUGAGUUUGCUGUUCAGCAAGCACAGCCUUCAGCGCCGCCAUCUUAUGAUGAAGUAGCUAGGGUUCCACCUAAACAAUAAAAUGUGGAGCAUUAAAGGCCUACGCUGUUGGUUUGAAAAUUAGAAAAUUGAACCUUGAAUUUCAAAGUGUUUUCAAUUGUGUAAAUACAUGUAUGAACUGAAAUUAAUGUCAUUGUAUAGACUGAUAUACUGCCAAGUUUCAGCAACUUUGCUUGCAUGUUAACUCUGCUACAGUUUUAAUGAUGUAUAUUUCUGUUUAAUUAUUGAUGUGAAUUUCAAGAAAAUUGAUAAUACGAGGCCUUAAUAGAGGUAUCACCAUGAUGCAGUUCAGUGUACUAUAAUACAGUAGUCAAAAUUUCUGAAACGUUUCAGGGGAAAAUUGGAUUCAUUUUAGUUAUUUGAAACAGGGAGUUCAUUGAAUCUCAAAAAAGUCCAUGACAUUAAAAGCUUCAAUACACACUAUAACAUUUUCGAUUUACCCGGUACUGUAUAAUAUAAAUGUCUUUUUUAUAUUAAUGUCUGUUUUCAUGUACAUUAAAGUGCAAUCUCUAUGCAAGUCAUCAUCUGCUUUGAGCUUGGCAAUAUCAAAUACACAUGUAAACUAAAGAGGUUUUACUUUUCAUGCAGUUUAUUGCUGUCAACCCAAACAAUGUGCUUGUAUUCAAUACUUAUGCUGUUUAUGGCUUAAAUCUUUUUCCUGACCUCCUGGUUCUGUUCUAGUGUGGUUGUGAUAUUUAGAGCUGUGUGAUGUGGAAGGCAGUUUGAUGUAAUUUUCACUCGUCUUUCACCACAAACAAAUAAUGUUGGUGUAAAUAAUUCAUAUGUAGGUGCUGAGAUUUCUAGAAUAUAUUUACACAUGUAUAGGCCUGAGGGGUUCACAGUCAAUUCUCAACCAAAAUGGAUCAACUGGGGUGAACAUCCUGCCAACAGAAUUGUCUGCAGAUGGACUUGUCCCUGUAUCAACUUUUAUCUUAUACUACAUGAUUAUAUCUUGAUGUUUAAGCGCUCACUGAAGCUACUAUAUUCCUGUUCUAUGUACAUUUAUAUUUAGAUGUUAUCAUAUGAGCAGAGCCAUAGAACCGGUAUCAACCAUAGGGCAUAUUGGAACUGUUCAGGCAAUUAAUUUGGAGUUGACGGCUCCUGACAUUUUUUCAGUAUUAAUGUCCCUAGCAAGAAAACUUUAGCCCUGAUUUUCUCAGGAUGUAGCAAUGUAUGGUUGAUAACUUUUUCUAAGUGUAUUGAAGAUGUCUUCCCAUGUGUAAGAAACCUGUUACUUGAUGUGGACUGCUCUUGAAUAUUUUGUCUCUUGCAUUGUGUAGUUGAUUACUGUAACUAGCAACAAGUCUAGAUUAGAGAAUCUGUACUAGAAUGAGUGUGGUUCUCCGGAUUGCCAGAAGUUGGAACAAGAUUAGUUAAUAAUAAACAUCAUGUUAAUAAAUAAAA